AUGGCAUUGUCAAGAAGAGUAUGUGUGAAUGAUUCAAACAAUUUUUGUUUCAUUUGUGGAGAGUAUGUAUUUAAAGAAUACCGUUUAAAUGUGAAAACGUUCGUAAAUGAGACUUACAAAAAUUACUUUGGGCACCCGCUGGAAAUGAUAAAUAAGCCUUGGAUUCCGCAAAAGGAAGAGCCAGAAGAUUUUGGGACGAAAAACGACAGUAGUGAUAGUGACUUCGAAUACGACCUGGGAACGCCAAAACCAUUCAAUCAAGAUGAUUUAAACGACUUAAUUAGAGAUCUUGGACUGUCAAAGUCAGCUUAA